UGCCAUCGUUGCCUUAGCUAGUCUAGUCCCUUAUUUAAGGACAAAGCUUCUGUACUUGGAAAUGACAAUAAUUGCCAAUACAAAUUCUAGUCACAUAUCCUUCAACCUCAUCAUCUCACUAGGCAUUCACCAAGCAACAAAAAAAUGGCAAAAUUUAUGCUUCUUUUGGCUACAAGCCUCAUCAUAGGAUCAUGCUGUUUCACAAUUAAUACCUAUGCCUUCUCACCUUCUGGAUGGACCAAUGCUCAUGCCACUUUUUAUGGGGGUAGUGAUGCCUCAGGAACUAUGGGGGGGGCUUGUGGAUAUGGGAAUCUGUAUUCAACUGGGUAUGGGACUAGAACUGCGGCUUUAAGCACUGCCUUGUUUAAUGAUGGAGCUUCUUGCGGUCAGUGCUACAAGAUCAUAUGUGAUUACAAAUCAGACUCAAGAUGGUGCAUCAAAGGAAGAUCUAUCACCAUAACUGCCACGAACUUUUGCCCUCCCAAUUUUGCUCUUCCCAACAACAAUGGAGGCUGGUGCAACCCUCCACUCAAGCAUUUUGAUAUGGCCCAACCCGCGUGGGAAAAGAUUGGUAUUUACAGAGGAGGGAUCGUGCCUGUGUUAUUCCAAAGGGUUCCGUGCAAGAAGCACGGAGGGGUUAGGUUCACUGUGAAUGGGAGGGACUACUUUGAGCUUGUGUUGAUCAGCAACGUGGCUGGGGCAGGAUCCAUCCAAUCUGUAUCCAUUAAAGGCUCCAAAACUGUGUGGAUGGCCAUGUCAAGAAAUUGGGGUGCCAAUUGGCAAUCCAAUGCAUAUUUGAAUGGUCAAUCUUUGUCCUUCAGAGUCACAACCACCGAUGGAGAAGUCAGAGUUUUUCCAAAUAUAGUUCCAGCAAGUUGGACAUUUGGCCAAACUUUCUCUAGCCCAGUUCAGUUCUAAGCUCACAAAAAUGAGUCACAAGGGCUCUUGGAACGGCUGAGGCGUGCUUUUUAUUUGACUGGAGCAGCCCGCCACCCUUCUUGUGGUUUUGAUUAUUUGGUGGACCAAACCCAUCAACUUCAAGCCCUUCAAUAAGGCACAAUAUAUACAUGCCUUUCAUAAUAUUGUUACUAUCAAAUAUCAAUAAUAGCAAUCACCAUCAUGUCAUAAGGAAGUUCAAGUAUGUAGAAAUCAAAUAAUUAAGCAUCUUUCUUGUUUAAAUUUAUACUAUAAAUUGUUGUAAUAUGAAUACUAUAGUUGAAGUUGUGUCGCGGGAGUUGAGAAAAUACUCAUUCCCUAGAUUUUUUGGUGUAUUGUUGUCGUCACACUGUUGUGUAUUAAUUCCAUCAAGCUUUUGGAAAUUUAAAAAUAAGAUAAAUCUACCUGGUUAUUAUUUUGAUA